GUACAGCUACAGGUGCGUUUUGAGAAAAGGUAUUAACAAAAAGAUUAUCUUCGUAUUUUGGAAAUCUUACAUAAAUCGUAUUCCAAUACAUCAAAUUUCUGGCAUCGACAUAUUUGAAAGCUCAAAAGUCAAGACUCACCUUUUUCCCCCUUUUUAAAGCCCCCCUCUUUCUCUCUCUAAACCCCCAAUUGCAAUCGCACUUUGGUUCUUACCUUCAACCUUCAAUCACCUCCCACCCCUCACUUCAUUCCGCCCAUUCAAACAUCGCCACCCCCUGACUUACAAACACCCGCGACCUCCCUUCUUCCUUCGCCCACGGUUCAGUUACCCACUACACCACGCCGAUUUGGCCAACCCGAUCCCAUAGUCACACACGCAAACUCUGGUGUUCCACCAGUUAGUCACGAACACGUAACCGAGCCUACAAACCCAACCACGCACAAUUCUCUUCCAUUUUCCAACUGGGUUCUCUAAGAUCUUCGAUUUUCAGCUUUCACUUUUGGGGAAAACUGUUUGGACUUUCCCAAUUUGACGCCUCGAAGCUAAAAUAAACUAGCCCACCUCGUUAUUUUGCUUUGAUUUCACUCCUUUCCCUUUUGGUAAAUUGCGUUACUUCCUCCUUUUGUUUCUUUCGUCCUGUGUUCGAGGGUUUUGAAGGGAACUCAAUUUCAUCUUCUUCUUGAAUUCUGUGGACUCGAUCGGGGACUUUUGUGAUGUGUUUCCCUUUUUUGCUUGCUUUCACUGCUUACACUUCCUUGGAUUUCGGGUUUUCUUUUUCCUGUGUUGAAAAAUUGGAUUGCUUUGUUGGACUUUGUGUUUUUCAGUUUGACUGAAACCUUUUGCAAUUCACUCAUCUUUAGUCCUUUAGUGUUUGGCUUCUGUAUCUUGAAAACCUUUGGAUAGAAAUUGAUCUGACUUGGAGUUUCCAUGUUUGUUUGUGUUCUAAUUCUAUCAUGGACUCCCCUCAAUCUGUUGUUUCACCAUUGAAGAACUGUCUCAUUGCUGAGUCUGAGAAGAAGAAACCCAGUUUCUUUGAUCACAUCUCUGGUCCUCCAACAAAGGGAAUGGAGGUCAAUCGAAAAGAAGCUGUUAUGUAUAACUUGGAGGAAGUUGUUGGUGCACUUGAUGUAUGCAUUCAUCAGGCUAGAGACAUUCAUAACAUCUGCAUAUACCAUAAGCAGGAUGUUUAUGCUAAGCUUUGUCUGAGUACUGAUCCUGAAGAUUCUCUCUCCACCAAAAUCAUUAAUGGAGCUGGGAGGAACCCGGUUUUUAAUGAGAAUCUUCGUUUCAAUGUCCGGAGUGUCGAUGCAUCCCUUAAAUGUGAGAUAUGGAUGUUGAGCAGAGUGAGGAAUUAUCUGGAAGACCAGUUGUUGGGAUUUACCGUGGUGCCAUUGACUGAAGUUCUUGUUAACGAUGGUAAAUUAGAGAAAGAGUUUUCUCUUUCUUCAACCGAUUUGUUCCAUUCUCCUGCUGGAUUUGUUCAACUCUCUCUUGAAUACAAUGGAACCUCGCCUGAUGUGAUGGCUGUUCCUAAAGCUGUCUUGGAGUCAUCAAAUGCUGCAUUGAAGGAUUCUGAAAUAUCCGAGUCACUAGCUAGUGACUUGGAUAAGAUAGAGUUUCCAGAUCCUAAGAUUGUAAAUGAAGAUGAGAUGAUGGUAUCUGAGUAUUUCAGCAUCCCGGGCUCUAAUCCGGAGUCUGAGGACUCUGAGAGCCUAGCCACUUCUGGUACAGAAGAUCAUCCGAGUUCAGAAACAGGUGUAAAUACUGUGGAAAGCUUCUCAACAGCUUCCAUCGAGUCUGUUCAGAUUUCAAAGCUCGAUUCUCCACCUAGCAGCUCGUCAACUAAUGGAGCAUCCUCGUCUCCUGUACCAACAAGCUCAGAAUCAUAUGAUGCUUCAGAAGCUUCAAAACCUCAAACUCAGGAACCGAUUGAAGAGGAGAAGCAUGUGGAUGUUAAGAAUGGCAAGCCUGAUUCCUCAAUUGAGGUACCAAAUGAUUCAUUCUCAAAGCCUGUUAUCACUGUGAACAUAGAGCCAGAACAAAAUGUAGUGCAGCAGGACAUUGUUGAUAUGUAUAUGAAAAGCAUGCAACAAUUUACCGAGUCAUUAGCAAAGAUGAAACUUCCUCUGGAUGUUGAUAAUGAACCAACCAAUUCAGGAAAUUCAAGCUCUGAUCAGCAAACACCAUCCUCGAAGAAUGGUAAUGCACGUGUGUUCUAUGGAAGCAGAGCAUUCUUCUAAACUGUGGUUUCUACAUUUCAGACGAAGACACACAAAUAACUCUAGAACUAUAGAUCGAAUACUACUAUCAAUAGUGAAAUGUAAUAAUGUAUCUUUGUAGAGUGGUGUUUCUCCUUGUACGUUGGUUUGUCAUGUACGGUAGUAAAUUAUGGCUUCUACACCUUACAAACUUUGUCCUCAUGAUCAGCGGUGUAAGCAUGAAUGAAUUAUUAUCCCUCGUUGUAACAAUUAACUCAAGAAUGCAACUUUAAUUAUGUGAAAUCAAAAUCAUAUAAUUGAUCUGGGUUGGUCCCA